UUCUCUGGGCAGGGCCAGCUGUUAAUCCUCCAGGCGGACACCGGCGCGGGGGGGCACUCGGGGCAUAUAGGUGGCGUCCGCUGCUGAGAAACACCUGGCGCAGGUAAAAGGGUGGCGGCGAGAGGGAGUUCCCACCUGUUGCGCUCCGAAAGAAAUGAAGACUUAAGAAAAUACCAAGGAGGAGCCGAUCGGUGUCUCUCGGACGCGUCUGGAGCCCCACCCUGGGCCAGAGGAAAAGCCCCUUGGGUGCGAGGCAGGCGCUGCACCGAAAGCCAGAAAGAGAAGCGCCUGUCCCCGCGCGCCAGCUCCUCCGGCGCCUCGCACUCCUGCGCGGCCGGCCCUGCCCGACUCUCCGCGCCCUUUGGCCCCGCCGAGCCGGCUCCCGGCCUCCCGGUGCAGGCGGGUGACCUGUCCGCGAGCCUCCCAUGGCGCCAGACCGCCCCGCGCGCUCCCGGAGCGGAGCCCCCUGCCGGCUCCUGCUGCUGACCCUCUCGAUCUUAAUCUUUUCCUGUGAUGCCUGCAGAAAAGUCACACUACAUGUUCCUUCCAAACUAGAUGCUGAAAAAUUUGUUGGUAGAGUUAACCUGAAGGAGUGCCUUCAAUCUGCAAAUCUAAUUUAUUCAAGUGAUCCUGACUUCCAAAUUUUAGAAGAUGGUUCAGUCUAUACAACAAAUGCUAUUCUUUUGUCCUCAGAGGAGAGGACUUUUACCAUAUUACUUUCCAACACUGAGAACCAAGAAGAAAAGAAAAUACUUGUCCUUUUACAGCGUCAGACAAAGGUACUAAGUAAGAGGCAUUCUAGAGAGAAGGUUCUAAGACGUGGCAAGAGAAGAUGGGCUCCUAUUCCUUGUUCAAUGCAAGAGAAUUCCUUGGGUCCUUUCCCACUUUUUCUUCAACAGAUUCAAUCCGACACUGCCCAAAACUACACUAUAUUCUAUUCCAUAAGAGGACCUGGGGUAGACCGAGAACCUACAAAUUUAUUUUACGUAGAGAGAGAUACUGGAAACCUGUUUUGUACUCGUCCUGUAGAUCGCGAACAGUAUGAAUCUUUUGAGCUGAUUGCUUUUGCCACAACUCCGGAUGGUUAUACUCCAGAACUUCCUCUUCCCCUGCUGAUCAGAGUUGAGGAUGAAAAUGAUAACUACCCAAUUUUUACAGAAACAACUUAUGUUUUUACAGUUCCUGAAAACUGCAGGAUUGGUUCUACUGUGGGCCAGGUGUGUGCAACUGACAAAGACGAACCGGACACGAUGCACACGCGUCUCAAGUACUCCAUCAUCCAGCAGCUGCCAGCAUCGCCCACGCUGUUUUCUAUGCAUCCGACCACAGGCGUGAUCACCACGUCAUCAUCUCAGCUAGACAGAGAGCGAAUUGAUAAAUACCAGUUGAAAAUAAAAGUACAAGACAUGGAUGGUCAAUACUUCGGUUUGCAGACAACUUCAACUUGCAUCAUCACUAUUGAAGAUGUAAAUGACAAUUUGCCAACAUUCACCCGUACUUCUUAUGUGACAUCAGUGGAUGAAAAUAGAGUUGAUGUGGAAAUCUUACGUGUUACUGUUGAGGAUAAGGAUUUAAUAAAUACUCCUAAUUGGAGAGCUAAUUACACCAUUUUAAAGGGCAAUGAAAAUGGGAAUUUUAAAAUUGUAACAGAUCCCAAAACCAAUGAAGGAAUUCUGUGUGUGGUUAAGCCACUGAAUUAUGAAGAAAGACAACAGGUGAUCGUACAAAUCGGUGUCGUUAACGAAGCUCCGUAUUCUAAAGAGGCUAGUUCACGAUCAGCCAUGAGCACAGCAACAGUUACUGUUAAUGUAAAAAAUCAGGACGAGGGCCCCGAGUGUAGCCCUGCAGUGCAAACCGCUAAAAUUAAAGAAAACGCACCACCAGGGACAAAGAGCAGCGGAUACAAAGCCUAUGACCCCGAGACGAGAAGCAGCAGUGGCCUAAGGUAUAAGAAAUUAACUGACCCAAGAGGGUGGGUGACAGUUGAUGAAAACUCAGGAUCAAUCACAACGUUCAGAAGCCUGGAUAGAGAGAGAGAGAACAUCAGGGGAUACAUGUAUAAUAUCACAGUCCUUGCAUCAGGCAGAGAUGGGAGAACAUGUACUGGGACACUGGGAAUUAUACUCGAAGACAUGAACGAUAACGGCCCAGUUAUAAGAAAGGAGACGGUGGUCAUCUGCAAACCCGUCAUGUCAUCCGCGACGGUCGUUGCUGCAGAUCCUGAUGACCCCAUAAACGGCCCGCCCUUUGACUUCAGUUUGGAGAGUGUUUCCGAUGCUGGCAUUGAGAGAAUGUGGAGGCUGACAAAAAUUAAUGAUACGGCAGCUCGUCUUUCCUAUAUGAACGACCUUCCAUUUGGAACAUAUCAAGUACCUAUCAGAGUUAAAGACAGACAUGGCCUGUCACUCGUCACUCCAUUAAAAGUUAUGCUAUGUGACUGUAUUACCGAAAAUGAUUGCACGGUUCGCUUAGACCAAAGAACUGGCAACGGAGAAGUGAGGCUUGGAAAGUGGGCCAUCCUGGCAAUCCUGUUGGGCAUAGCAUUGCUCUUUUGUAUCCUAUUUACCUUAGUCUGCGGGGCCACCGGGACAGCCAAACAGCCCAAAGUGUUUCCCGAUGAUUUAGCUCAGCAGAACCUCAUCGUGUCAAACACUGAAGCUCCUGGAGAUGACAAAAUAUGUUCCACGAAUGGCUUCACAGUCCAUACUGUGGGCAGUUCGCCUCCGGGAAUUUGUGGCACUAUGGGACCGGGAGUGAAAAACGGAGGGCAGGAGACCAUUGAAAUGGUGAAAGGCGGACACCAGACCCUGGAGUCGUGCCGGGGGACCGGGCAUCAUCAUACCCUGGAUUCCUGCAGGGGAGGACACGUGGAGACGGACAACUGCAGAUACACCUACUCCGAGUGGCAUAAUUUCACCCAGCCCCGCCUUGGAGAAAAGGUGCAACUGUGCGAUCAGGAUGACAAUCAUAAGCACGCUCAAGACUAUGUCCUUCCGUAUAACUACGAAGGAAAAGGAUCGGUGGCUGGGUCUAUAGGCUGUUGCAGUGAACGACAAGAAGAAGACGGGCUUGAGUUUUUGGAUCAUUUGGAACCCAAAUUUAGGACACUAGCAGAAGCGUGCAUAAGGAGAUGAGCGAUUCCACUAAGUCUACAGAAGCCAGGGGCUUUAUCUGUUCCCCCCCCAACCCACCCACCCCCACUUUUUUUAAAUACAAGCCAGGAUUUUUAAAAAAUAGGAGAUGCUAUGUUUUGGGUUUAUGUUGAUGGGAUCUCUUUAGCCAAAUGCAUAUUUACGGAAAAUUGCUGUAAAUAAUUAUACAAAUUACCAAAUUUUUUCAUAGUUAUUAAUUAGUUGUCUUCCACCCAAGGAGAUCUACAGGUAGAAAAUUAAGGAAGCUCGCAUUAUUGUUUACAUUUGGGUAUAAUGUUGAUAGCCAACUUAUAGUGCAAUUAAAUGUAAUUAGUUCAAGUAUAUACCAUAGACUACUUGAAGUCUAACCUAAUAGAAAAUUGUAGAGAACUUGUUUUAGCAUUAUAUUCAUUUACCUAAUUAAGUAAUUGUUUGUAUGGUGCUUAAAAACUGUUGCUCUCCUGAACAUUAUGAAGUGUGUAUAUUGCAUUCUUGAUCAUGUUUUAUUCUCAUAGCUUUACCUUUCUCGAGGUAAAGGGAGAGUCCCAACCAGGCAUUGACUGUUAAUGCAAUUCCAUUUUGGUGGACUUCAGUUUCUAGAUUGUGUUCCAUAUAAAAUCCUGAAUGGAAUCUAAAUUUCUCUGUUACCGACCUUGUCAGGAAAUUUAAGUUUAAAAACUGCUUUAACAAUGUGUUUGUACUUUUGCAAGACUUUGGUCUUUGGUCUCUCUCUCUCUCUCUCUCUCUCUCUGUGUGUGUCUCUGUUUCUCUCUCUCUACUUCUAUUUUUCUCUUUCUCUUCUCUUUAUUUUUUAAAUUUCUACUUGGGUUGGAGAAUCUAAAUAUCUUAAGAAGCCAUCUAUCUUAUAAAGCAAGUUAUUCUGUUUUUGUUUUAUGUCAGUGUAUUAUUCUCAUUUUUCUUGAAAUUAAUGUCAUGUUGACAUUAUUGUUUCAAGUAUCUUGGUUAUUGCUUCAUUAUUUCCUCAACAAAGGAACUUUAAUUUUUCCAUUAAAACUGUAAAAAUAUGUCAUGCUUUUUAUUAGAUACAACAUUCUGUGUUAACAAAAGGGUAUUUAAAAUUGGAAUGUGGGUAUUUGGUAUAUAAAAGCAUGUUUACAGUUCAUAUUGUUAAUGUAAGGACAGUUUAUAAAUGAAAAUAGUGAGGCAUUUUGAAAUAAGCUUUGAAGAACAGGGAUCAUGAAAGCUCUCCAGGAAUAAGUAUUUUAUAACUUUUUAGAUAAAAUGCUAGUAAUAACUAUCUGAGAAGGGUUUUUUUUUUCAUAUUUUAGAUUACAGUUUUUAACAAAUAUAGAGUGGGCCAAACUAUUUAUGUUUUGAAACAAUAAGACAAAAUUAAACAUAACAGCCAACCAAAUUCCAAGCCAGGUUUCAUAGCUGAUUUCAGUCAGUGAAUUUUCAAUGUAUACUAACCACAUGGACACUUGAAAUGUAUUUCUGAUAUCUAUGAUUGUUAGUAAUAUGCCUAUCUUAAAUUCACAAGGUUGGCUUAUAACAAUUAUUUCUAAAGAUUACCAUUGAGUAAUUAUUCCAUAAUUAGUUUAUCUUUUCAAUACUUUUCUUAUUGUUCAGUCAAAAAUACUAUUUCUUAAAAUUUAAGUAAAUCAUGUACACAAUGUUGUAUAUUACUGGUUAUGAUAAAGAAAAUCAGAAAAUUUAAAAAUAUUAUUGUCUGAGUUCAUUAAUCAUGUGUCUGAUAGGAGCCCAUAAGAUUGCAUUUGUCUUACUUUGAGAAGAGUGUCUCUUCUUUAGAAUUGUGUUCUCUAUAUUUUUUAGAAUUUUAGAGUUUGAUGUGGAGAGAUCAUUGGUCCAUUGUUAUCAUGUGUACAUAAUUUUGCUAUUUUAAAGGUUGUGAUGCUGUGGGAAAUUGGUUAAGUUGCAUAGUUUGUCUGUGUCUGUUUUUUUUUUUAAUUUCAUCAUAAAACUGGGAAUAAUAACUCUUUUCCUAGGGUGGCUGUAAGACAUUGAAUAAAAAAUGGUUUUUAAGCAUGAAA